AAAAAAAAAAAGAAACAAAGAAGCGUGAACUGCUACAGAUUUAUCCAGGGAUCUUUACAAACCUCCCCAAGACUGGAGGAUAUUAUCGGAGGAAUUGCUGCAAAACACAAGUCCCCAAACGACUACUCGUUGGCACUGUUUAUCAUCUGGAUGAGGCUGUGCAGAUUGAGGCUUUCCAAGAACUUUGAAUAUCCCCAUCUGCAGCAAUCAUGAUGGAACCCAUUUCCGUAAAGUUUCGUAGUCCUACCAUUUCAAGAGAAGAAUGGGUUUGCGCUGAAACCAUGAACGCAUCGUUUGCUUUAGCAGACACGAGCAGACUCUGAUACUAGUCUCCUCCACGGCUCCCUCACUCUUUUGCUCGUUUUCUUCUACUUGCAUUCCCCUAAAAGAAAGAUCAUAAUCAGAUAACUCUUCCCCCAAGCGUUUGGCGCCAGCUCAAAUUUCCUCAAAAAUGAACUGCGAUCUGGAUUCUAGAGACUAAGAUUCUAUUUUCAUCCCAGGAUAGACCAAGAGGCUUUUGAAGAAACGGCUGUGUUUAAAUUAUCAUAUUCCCCCCUCUUUUACUUUCCCGCUAUUCCUCAUUCCUUCCUUUCCAAUUCCCAGAGGCACCAACUGAUGGAGAGACGAAGGAGAGAGUCAGGAUAAGGACAAGAAUUAUAGCCCCACAGAGAAAAGGAACAAACUGCUGAUUCUUCAAGAAAAUUGGAGUAGGGCUAUUGCAAGGAUUACUAUACUCGGUGAGCUUGAUAUCCCACUUCAGUGAUAAAUAAUACCUUUUUGAUUACAUUUGAAAUCUAUUAGCCACAACAAAGCUAGACGUUACCUCUGGGGUGCAUUAGACCUGUAAGGCAUCAAGUAGAAAAGGGGACAUUUGGGAACUUUGAGCAUGAAAAGGGGUUAAGAUUCCUGGGUUGGCCCCUGUGGCCUAUGGCCCUCAUCAGCCUACUCACUACAGUGGAGAUGCUAGAAUUUGGUGGGGCGCCUGGCCAGUGGGCCCGCUAUGGACGCUGGGAAGCUGGAUCAGUGGGCGAGCUGAGUUUCAGUCUCAAGACCAACAUCAGCAAAGCCUUAGUACUCUACCUGGAUGAUGGCGGCAACUGCGACUUCUUGGAGCUUUUGAUAGGCAGGGGGCUCCAGCUGCGCUUUGCCAUCCACUGUGCCGAGCCGGCCACGUUGCACAUGGAGACACGGGUGAACGAUGACCGCUGGCACAUGGUCUUGCUGACCCGCAACUUCCGUGAGACCCUCCUGAUGGUUGAUGGGGAGACAAAAGUAGCCGAGGUCAAGUCCAAGAGGAAGGAGAUGGCAGUGGUCAGCGACCUUGUGGGCGGCAUUCCACCUGAUGUGCGCCUCUCUGCCCUUACGUCCAGCACAGUGAAGUACGAGCCACCAUUCCUGGGAUUGAUCUCCAAUCUGAAGGUGGGGGAGAUGCCUCCUACUUUGUUAAACAGCCAGGGCAUUCAGAGCGACCUGGAGUACCUCUGCACCAAGCAGAACCCGUGCUUCAAUGGAGGGUUUUGCUCAAUUGAGUUUGGAGAAGUUCACUGUGACUGCAUCCACACCGGCUUCAGGGGGAAGUACUGCAAGGAAGCUGAAGAGUAUGCUGUUGAAGGUCUGGCGCACCUGACGUUAAACGACCAAGGUGACUCAUCUCCCGUCGGUAAGGAAGAGUCAGUAGCCACCUUCAAGGGCAACGAGUUCUUCUGCUACGACCUGUCGCUGACGCCCAUCCAGAGCAGCACCGACGAGAUCACGCUGUCCUUCCGCACGCUGCAGCGCAACGGCCUCAUGCUGCACACCGGCAAAUCGGCAGACUACGUGAACCUGUCCCUGAAGAGCGGCGCCGUUUGGCUGGUCAUCAACCUGGGCUCGGGGGCGUUCGAGGCCCUGGUGGAGCCCGUCAACGGCAAGUUCAACGACAACACCUGGCACGAUGUGCGCGUCACCCGCAACCUGCGCCAGCACGCAGGCAUUGGACACGCUAUGGUGACCAUCUCAGUGGAUGGUAUACUGACCACCACUGGAUACACCCAGGAAGAUUACACCAUGUUGGGUUCAGAUGACUUCUUCUACAUCGGAGGGAGCCCCAACACCGCCGACCUGCCCGGAUCACCAGUCAGCAACAACUUCAUGGGCUGCCUUCGAGAUGUGGUGUACAAAAACAACGACUUCAAGCUGGAGCUGUCUCGGCUGGCCAUCGAUCGAGACCCUAAAAUCAGCCUUAAUGGCGACUUGGUGUUUCGCUGCGAGGACGUGGCCGCCCUGGACCCCGUCACCUUUGAGACCCCAGAGUCCUUCAUCUCCCUGCCCAAGUGGAACGCCAAAAAGAUGGGAUCUAUCUCCUUCGAUUUCCGCACUACGGAGCCCAGCGGGCUCUUGCUGUUCAGCCACGGCCGUCCUCAGGGUCCCAAAGAGCAGAAGCCUGGUCGGGAGCUGAAGACUGAUUACUUCGCCAUGGAGCUGCUGGAGGGGUAUUUGUACCUGCUGAUCGAUAUGGGCUCUGGAGAAACAAAGCUGAGGGCCAGCAACAAGAAGGUUAAUGACGGAGAGUGGUGCCAUGUGGAUUUCCAGAGGGAAGGGAGGAAAGGCUCCAUCUCAGUCAACAGCCGCAGCAUGCCCUUCAGCUCCCCAGAGGGCAGUGAAAUCCUGGACCUGGACAGCGAAAUGUACCUGGGUGGGCUGCCCGAGUCGAAGUCGGACCUCAUUCUGCCGCCAGAGGUCUGGACGGCGCUGCUUAACUAUGGCUACGUAGGCUGCGUGCGCGACCUCUUCAUCGAUGGAAAGAGCCGCGAUGUUCGCCGUCUGGCUGAGAUCCAGAGCGCGUUUGGGGUCAGCAGUUUCUGCACCCGGGAACUGCAGAAGAGGUGCAGCAGCGCCCCCUGUGGCAACACAGGCCUGUGCAAAGAGGGCUGGAACCGCUACAUCUGUGACUGCAUCGGCACCGGAUACCUCGGUACCAACUGUGAGAUAGAGGCGACGGUGCUGAGUUAUGACGGCAGCAUGUACCUGAAGAUCAUAGUGCCGGUCACCAUGCACACGGAGGCAGAGGACCUGGCGCUGCGCUUCAUGUCUCAGCGGGCGUACGGCCUGCUCAUGGCCACCACCUCCAAGGAGUCAGCAGACACCCUGCGGCUGGAGCUGGACGGAGGCCGCGUCAAGCUCACCGUGAACCUCGAUUGUAUCAGGAUAGACUGUAGCCUCAGCAAAGGACCUGAGACGCUGUUCGCGGGGCAGAAGCUGAACGACAAUGAGUGGCACACAGUGAAGGUGGUGCGCAGAGGCAUGAACCUGCAGCUGUCUGUGGAUAAUGUCACAGUGGAAGGCAAGAUGACUGGUGCCCACACACGUCUGGAGUUCCACAACAUUGAGACGGGCAUCAUGACAGAGCGGCGCUUCAUAUCUGUGGUGCCCUCAAACUUCAUUGGCCAUCUCCAGGGCCUGACCUUCAACGGGUUGCCCUAUUUAGACCAGUGCAAAAAUGGCGACAUCUCGUACUGUGAACUGAACGCCCGCUUUGGCAUGCGCCACAUCAUUGCAGAUCCGGUGACGUUUCGAACGAAAGGCAGCUACUUAGCGUUAGCCACUUUGCAAGCUUACGCCUCGAUGCACCUCUUCUUUCAGUUUAAAACCACCACGCCCGACGGCCUGAUGCUCUUCAACUCUGGAGACGGUAGUGACUUCAUAGUCGUAGAACUGGUGAAAGGAUUUGUCCACUACGUCUUUGAUCUGGGCAAUGGGCCGUCGCUGAUGAAGGGCAACUCAGACAAGACCCUCAAUGACAACCAGUGGCACAACGUGGUGGUGUCCCGGGACGGCAACAAUGUACAUACCCUCAAGAUCGACUCACGCACCGUUACACAGCACUCCAAUGGAGCCCGCAACCUGGACCUCAAAGGGGAGCUGUAUAUCGGUGGCGUGACAAAGAGCAUGUACAGCAACCUGCCCAAGCUCAUCGCCUCCCGGGACGGGUACCAGGGCUGCCUGGCCUCCGUGGACCUGAACGGGAGACUCCCCGACCUGAUCGCAGACGCCCUCCACAGAGUGGGGCAGGUGGAACGAGGCUGCGAUGGACCCAGUACCACUUGUACGGAGGAGUCUUGCUAUCAUCAGGGGGUGUGUCUCCAGCAGUGGGAGGGCUUCACCUGCGACUGCACCAUGACGUCCUAUGGAGGUUCAUUUUGCAACGAUCCUGGGACAACUUACAUCUUCGGGAGAGGAGGAGCCCUCGUCACAUAUACCUGGCCCCCCAAUGACCGGCCGAGCACACGGGCAGACCGGCUGGCAGUGGGCUUCAGCACGCAGCUGAAGGAGGCCGUCCUGGUCAGGGUGGAGAGCGCCAAGGGACUGGGGGACUACCUGGAGCUGCACAUAGAACGGGGAAAGAUCGGCGUGAUCUUCAACGUGGGAACAGACGACAUAAUCAUCGAGGAGAGCGUAGUGAUGGUGAGCGACGGCAAAUACCACGUGGUGCGAUUCACACGGAGUGGUGGUAAUGCCACGCUACAGGUGGACAACCAGCCGGUCAUCGAACGUUUCCCUUCAGGUCGCCAGUUGACCAUCUUCAACAGCCAGGCGUUCAUCAAAAUAGGUGGUGGAGAGAAGGGGCGCCACUUCCAGGGUCAGAUCUCUGGCUUGUAUUAUAACGGCCUGCAGGUGCUCAAACUGGCAGCCGAGGGCGACCCCAACGUCCAGAGCCAGGGCAACCUGCGGCUGGUGGGGGACGUGCCCUCGGUGCUCACCACUGACACCACCUCCACCACCCCGCUGGCUGAUAUGUCCACCACAAUCAUGGAGACCACCACCACCAUGGCCACAACCACCACCCGCAAACAGCGCUCGCCCACCAUGAGGGACAGUGUCACACAGAAUGCGGAUGACCUCUUGGUAGCAUCAGCUGAGUGUCCUAGCGAUGACGAAGAUUUGGAGGAGUGUGAGCCUGGAAAUGGAGGUGAAUUAGUGUUGCCCAUAAUAACGGUGGACUCCUUAGCCCCCCCAUCCAUCGCCACACGCUACCCAGUAAUCCCCCCGCCCCCAACCACCUACCGCCCUUUCCUCACCUUGCUCGAAACCACCAAAGAGUCCUUCCCCCUGCCAAACGGCCGGCCCCCCUGCUCCCUGGACCAGGAGGACUGCGGGGAGACCAUCGAGGUGUCGGCGUACGGCUCGGGGGAGAUGACCGAGUCUGAUGACGAGGACUAUUACAAAAACUCCCCCCUGGUCACCGACAGGACUGUCCUCCCCCCUCCCCCAGGCGUGGAUGGCAGUGUCCAGAACCCCCGGGACCGCCAUUUCUCCCGCUCGCCCAACUCCCACCGCCCCCCCCUGUACUCCACCCCCACAGCCAACCCCGAGCAGCUCAGCCCCCACAUCAAGCCGGCCGCCGGCGGCAGCAGCAGCAGCAACAACAAGAUCCCCGCUGGGAAACUGAACACCCGGGACCAGGUGCUGCUGCCGCCGGCCCACCCCUCCUCAGACCCGGGACACCGCAGAGUCCCAGGAAUAACAUACCCACCCAAUUUCCCCCAUGUUCCCACUCCAGACCCCACGUCUCCUGAGCGGGGGCUCCCGGGCGCCGUGGAGGUGCAGCAGUCCAGCAGCACCACGGGGAUGGUGGUGGGCAUCGUGGCCGCCGCCGCCCUCUGCAUCCUCAUCCUGCUCUACGCUAUGUACAAGUACCGCAACCGCGACGAGGGGUCCUACCAGGUGGACCAGAGCCGCAACUACAUCAGUAACUCAGCCACGCAGAGCAACGGAACGCUGGUGAAGGAGAAACAGCCCAGCACUGCCAAGACGGUCACCAAGAACAAGAAGAACAAAGACAAAGAGUACUACGUCUGAGAGCCGCCGCGACACACUGAGACAGACAGCAGCUGCACCUAGAGAAGGGAGGAGACCAGAGAGAGGAGGGGGAGAGAAAGGCAAACAGAACAGAGGGUAAUUCAUUUCCUACUCAGUAUUGUCAGGUGGCCAUACAUUACCUAUUCAAGUCUAAUCAGAGGGAGGCAGCAGGUGACAUCAUGCUUCUGCUCCAGCAUCUCUUAGAUUGAUUUGACUUCUUAUUAAAUGUUAACCACGGGGUGGAAUUAAGGAAAGGCCUCACAUCUCCACACAUACUGUGCCAACGACCAUGUACCAAAUGCUGAUAAAACAGUGAUUUAUGUCAGCACAUGACAGGUUAAUUAAUAUCUAGAGUACUGUAGAAAGCACCACCAUCAGUAUUUGUGUCAUGGUCUGUCCUUCAUACUGAGGCGAGCUUGAGUUCCCCUCCGACAGUAUCAACAUAUUAUUUUCCACCUGUUUGAAUGAGUAACUCGACAUGGCUCUGUAAAAUCAAUAUACUGCCAGCUUACAGGAACAUCGUGUCAAACCCAGCUCCCCCUCUGGAAGUGUUCCACGUCUCUGAUCUCUUACCUCCCGUCGCAUCUCUCUCUCUCUCUUCCUCUCGUCGGAUUGUGCGCUCUGUUUCUCUCCUCGUCCGGUGCUCAGCGGCUGAUGCAACGUAAACUCUGCCGUGUUUCAAGCAUGUAGUAUUCAUUUACGAAAAAGAGAUAAAAACUGUUUUUCUUUCUGUGGAGUUUAAAAAAACAAAAAAUACGAUGAUUGAUGAUCAUAACAACGUUAAACGUAGCAAUUAUGUGAGAUACCACUGCUCCAACAUACCGGAUGCUAACUUGUACGUUUAGCCGCCAAAAACUUGUUGAGGCCAACCCCCUUGGUCGUCCUUUGUUCCAGCAGAUCUGUGUCAUGUGUUUCGAGGCUCCGAGGCGCCUCCUAGUGGGCCAGAAGAGAAACUGUGUCACGUCCUUACAGUUACUAAUAACCGAAAAACAGAAAAAACCUCCAGCAGUCAAGAUGAACUCUGUUCUAUAUCAUUAUAAUUAUAUGUAUAGACGUUGCAGAAACUAUGGACCUAAAGCUUGAGCGAGUGGAAAGGAGAGUACGCUGUUAAUGCACAGCAAGACAGACUUUAGGAUUUGUGACGUCAGAACAGUAACACAGCCCCUCUCCCCUUCCCCCCCCUCCCCCCCUCAUGAACAGUACGGCUGAUGCAGCCAUGCUGCAAGACUCCGUCACUUUGGUUUGCUCUUUUCUUUUUUAUGUGAGUCUUUUCUCUGGUGAAAGAAGAGACAUUUUAGGGAAAUUCCUAAUUAAUUCUUGCUGGAGUUCUGCUGAGGAGAGACAUACCUUGCAGCUGAAGAAGCGACUGUGUCUUUCCCCCCCCCCCCCCCCAGCCUGUCUGGACUGAUGGCAGCCAAUGGGCAAAGCAAACUCUGUGGGAAGAGCACACAAACAAAAUGUGAACGGCAGUUCCCUGGAAGAUGUACAACAGAACUCUAGUAUUCCAAUUUUCUCAACUCUAUUAAAAAAGAAAACUGUACCAUGAAAAGAAAAGAAAAACCCUGAAAAAAGUUUGUGAAAUGUCUAAAUAUUUGACUCUCAUCCCAUUACUAAGAGAAGUGUGUUUUCCCUACUAUCAUUCCUGUUUGGAGAAAAAAAUGACUAUGAUUCUGGGAAACUGAAAUGUCUAUGUAUUUUCUUUUGGUAAUUGAGCAAAUGUGAUUUGGAUUAUGAAAUGAAACCAUGAAUUCUCCUUUUAUUCCAUCUGUCAUCCUCGAUCUAAUUUUUCAUCCUGCAUCUAUUCCUUUUUCUCUGUAUGGCACAUCGUAUGUCCCCAUACCGUGUGGAACAAGGCUCUGUCCAUCCUUCAUGUCUUUUUUUGAUUUCUUUUAUAUCUAAUUCUGUCUUCACGGCCAGAGACGAGAUGGAAGCCAUUUCAUUUGACAGGCUCCAUCAAUUCACUGUCCUGCCACGUUCGUCUGGUUUCUCCAUCCCCAGCAUACUCCUCCCAGUAUCUUCCUGUUCUUUCUAAAUGUUAUUGUAAAGUGUUCCAGUGAGAUGACUCUAAAUAUGUGUACAUUAACAGAGGGAAUACACUUGGUUAUAUACUUCUUA